CCAACAUAAAUUUCAAACGCAUCAAAUGGAGGGAAACCAGUUCGUCCCGCAUCUCAAACGCUCCCCCACUCUCAUAAACAUUCCCAAUUCAAAACCCUAAUUUCCCAAUUCGAUUUUCCCGAUUGCAAUGGCCGACACUCUGAGCCCUAAUCCGGCAACCCAAAAGCAGAGGCUCCCAAUGGCCGCUCGUCUCCAGUCUCCAACGAGCCCCUUCUUCCUCGGCUCCAACGACGACCACCGCGAGCGUGCGCAGGCUCGCGCAGCACGCGCCGCCGCGAUAAGAAGAAAGUCCAUUGCGCUCAAUCUGCCGCCACAGCAGGGCGACCCCGAUCCCGGCCUCGGCAAGGAGCAGAUCCUCGAGCUGUUCCAGAAUUGCAUCAAGCUUGCAAGUGAAAAUAAAAUUAAUCAGAAAAAUACAUGGGAGCUGAAUUUGAUUGACCAUUUAACGGAUAUUAUUAAGGUUGAAGAGGAAAACGAUACAGAGACGAAUUUUCAAAAGGCAAGCUGCACUCUUGAAGCUGGAGUCAAAAUUUACUCAAUGAGAGUAGAUUCUGUACACUCUGAGGCAUAUAAGGUCCUUGGUGGGAUGAAUAGAGCAGGCCAAGAAGACGAACAAGAUACCAGUGCAGAGGAUGCCAAUGCUGACAAUGGAAAAGAUGCGGCUAAUUCCAAGCAUGAGACGCAGAAAAAGAUAUCUCCCUUAUCAACGCUGGAAUCAUCUUUUGAGGCUCUAAAUGUGAAAAAGUUUGACGUUGCAUUUGCAGUUGAUCCCCUCUAUCAUCAGACGUCUGCACAAUUUGAUGAAGGUGGGGCCAAGGGUCUUUUAAUGAAUAAUCUUGGAGUGUAUGGUGGAUGCAGAGUGCUCUUUGACUCUUCGGAAGUACCAGGGAAGUGCACAGCAUCUGAUAAUCAACUCGAUAAAUCAGAUACCAUUGAUCUUUCUUUUGCUAGUGAAUAUGUAGAACAGAUGGUAUUGAACAUGCGAAUCAAAGAUGAAAUUUCACCAACUCUGAGGAGUUUAGUUGAUCGAUUUGAUGAGGAUAACAGAAGGCCACCAGAUAUAUAUACAUGUGAUCAAGAAUCAGCAGAGCAAGUUGAUGCUGCCAAUAACAAUGAAGCUGAUUUUGAUUGUGAUGUAUCCGAGAAUUGCGGGAACUGGGAUUAUGAUCAUGAUGACCAAACAAGUGUCGUGGAGGAGGGCCUUAACUGUGAAAGUUCAACUCUCCCUAGUUAUCAUGAGGAAAAUGAACCGGGUGCCUACCAUGAACUUGAUACGGAUGAGAGACUUGAGAAAGUUGAUGGGUAUUUGUUCUUAAGUCUUGGAUUUACUUCGAAACAAAAUGCUUGGGCAGGUCCUGAUCAUUGGAAGUAUCGAAAAACUAAAGUUCCCGAGAACGAUCCUCCUGCAGAACAACCAGAAACAGCUAAACAAAAGAAGACCAAAGCACAGCAGGAUCUUGAUUUCACAAAAUCCUUGGAAGAAGAGUUCUCAGAUAUUUUUGCUCCUCCCAAAAAUCCGAAAUCCUUACUGCUCCCUGCAAAUAGAGCACCCUGUAAUACAAAACUUCCUGAGGAUUGCCACUAUCAACCAGAGGAGCUUAUAAAGCUAUUUCUUCUACCUCAAGUAAAGUGCCUUGGAAGGCGAUGCAGGAAGCCCUCAGAUGAAUCCAGGCAACAAUGUGACGCUGAUGGGCAAUUUCCAUACUACGAUGAUGAAAGUGGACUCGGGGGCCAAUAUGAUGACGGAAAUAUCCAUAGUGAUGUGGAGGACUUUAGCACACUUGUUUCUCAGCCUCGCCAGGUAAACAAAGUUGAAGUCCAGUAUGACAAGACUUCCAAACAAGUCGAUGUCCAGGCUUUGAAAGAAACUCUUUGGAACCAUGUACAAGAAUCUGUUCAAACAUCAAUCGAGGGUGAAGAACAAUUGGUAUCCUUCAAGCAAAUGUUGGGCAACUUUCCGGGUGACUGCAGGGCUGCUGAAACUAUCAAUGACAUCUCCCCUCAUCUGUGUUUCAUCUGCCUUCUACAUUUGGCCAAUGAGCAUGGUUUGAGGAUCCUGGGCUCCAACAAUCUGGAUGAUCUCAGCGUUCACCUUACGUGAAAAAGUUUGGAGCUUAACUCAUCGUCCUGUUUAUUAUUUGAAUAGGAAAUGGAAACUGUGUCUAAAAGUGUACUUUACAACUUAAUUUUAUAUUUUAAAUUCGUCUUGAAGAGAUUGUGACAUGGUUAAGAAAUGAAUUGUGGUUGAAUUUGUUAAGACUUAGGAGCGUUUA